AUGAAAUCCCCAUCAGCGGCUUACAUCGCUGGAUUGCUGCUACUGAGUUCUCAGCAAUGUCUUGCAGCAUAUCCAGACUGUGUGAACGGGCCGCUAAAAUCGAACAAAGUAUGCGAUACGACAGCACCUCCAGCUGACAGGGCAGCAGCUCUCGUCAAGGCCAUGCAAUCAAGUGAAAAACUACAGAAUAUUAUUAGCAAAUCAGCAGGGGUCUCACGGCUUGGACUGCCUCCUUACAACUGGUGGAGUGAGGCACUUCACGGCGUCGCUGGUGCACCAGGAAUUCAAUUCUCGAGCUCGUCGCCAUGGAACUACGCUACCUCAUUACCGAUGCCAAUUCUCAUGGCCGCUGCCUUUGACGACGAUCUCAUUGAGAAGGUUGGAACGCUAAUUGGCACAGAGGCGAGAGCUUUUGGCAAUGGCAACCACUCAGGUAUCGAUUUCUGGACGCCAAACAUCAACCCAUUCAAGGAUCCACGCUGGGGUCGUGGAUCUGAGACACCUGGUGAAGAUACUCUACGUCUGAAGGGCUAUGUAGCUGCUCUACUCCGAGGACUGGAAGGAAACAAAGCCCAGCGACGUAUUAUUGCUACAUGCAAGCACUAUGCAGCCAACGAUCUGGAAUCCUGGAAUGGUGUGACUCGACACGACUUCGACGCGAAAAUCAGCAUGCAAGAUCUGGCAGAGUACUAUCUGCAACCAUUCCAACAAUGCGCCAGAGAUUCGAAAGUCGGAUCUUUCAUGUGUUCCUACAAUAGCGUCAAUGGAGUUCCGGCCUGCGCCAAUAAAUACCUUCUUCAAACCAUUCUUCGAGACCACUGGAACUGGACGAGUGAGAACCAAUACGUCACCAGCGAUUGCGAGGCUGUCCAGGAUAUUUCUUUGAACCACCACUAUGCUUCCACGAAUGCUGCAGGUACUGCACUUGCUUUCAAUGCGGGUACAGAUAGUAGUUGCGAGUAUGCUUCAUCGUCUGAUAUACCAGGCGCAUGGCAAAGCAAACAGCUCAGCGAAGCGACGGUUGAUCGUGCAUUGCGACGAUUGUAUGAAGGACUUGUCAGGGCUGGGUAUUUUGAUGGAUCUAAAGCGCUCUACUCCUCUCUCGGCUGGUCGGACGUCAACACGCCACAAGCACAACAACUAGCCCUCCAAGCCACCGUCGAUGGCAUCGUUAUGCUGAAGAAUGACGGAACUCUUCCUCUCAAGCUAGACUCUAAGUCAAAGGUGGCCAUGAUUGGAUUCUGGGCAAGUGACAGUAGCAAGCUUCAGGGCGGAUACAGUGGAAAGGCACCAUACCUAAGAACUCCUGUCUAUGCCGCUCAACAACUGGGUUUCACACCCAAUGUCGCUACUGGCCCAGUCCAACAAAGUGCCUCCGCCACCGAUAAUUGGACGACAAAUGCACUCGCAGCUGCAUCAAAAUCCGAUUACAUCCUCUACUUUGGAGGCCUCGAUACAUCAGCCGCUGCCGAAGGAGUAGACCGAACCUCUUUAGAAUGGCCGAGUGCACAACUGGCUCUAAUCAAGAAGCUCUCCGCCCUAGGAAAGCCGUUGAUCAUAAUCCAAGAAGGCGACCAAAUGGACAACACACCCCUCCUCACAAACAAAGGCGUGUCAUCAAUUCUCUGGGCAAGCUGGCCUGGUCAGGACGGCGGACCAGCAGUCAUGCAAAUCAUCUCUGGGGCAAAAUCUCCUGCCGGUCGUUUGCCUGUAACCCAAUAUCCAACGAACUACACCAAAUUGCCAAUGACAGACAUGACACUUCGUCCGAGCACUUCAAACCCAGGACGUACAUAUCGGUGGUACUCAACUCCCGUCCAGGCAUUUGGAACCGGAUUGCACUACACAACCUUCGCCCCUACAAUCUCAAACUACAGCAACAUUCUCUCCAUCCAAGACCUUCUAAAUUCUUGCAAAAACACAAACCCAGAUACCUGUUCCCUCCCAGGCCUCCCCAUCUCCGUCCACAACACCGGCAAUCGCACCUCUGAUUUCGUAGCUUUGGUGUUUGUCGCAGGACAGGCAGGACCGAAGCCUUAUCCUAUUAAGUCGUUGGCUACUUAUGGUAGAGUGAGAGAUGUGAAGUCUGGGGAGAAGAAGACGAAGGUGCUGGAGUGGACUCUGGGAAGUUUGGCGAGACAUGAUGAAAAAGGCAAUACGGUGUUGUAUCCGGGUAAUUACACUCUAUUGCUGGAUCAGCCGACGGUGGAGACGAGGAGUUUGGUCCUCACGGGGGAGAAAGUUGUGCUGGAUGUUUGGCCACAGGGUUAG